UUGCUCGCUUGGCUGUUACAAGAAGCAUAAAGACCUUUGUGCUCCUGAUGAGAAGCCUGCUUCACUCAAUCCUGGAUCUAAAGAUGCUGACAACCCAGUUUCUGCAGAAGCAUGGAGUGUUCAUGACCUUCUGCAGGAAGCGGACAUCAUAGACAAGGUGCCACUGCAGAGGCUCCAGUUAUUGGGUCAAUCAAAAGAGCUCAGAGAUCUUCUUUGCAACCCCCACCUGAGGCGAUUACUGCGUUCUGUUGACAGCGCAGAGAGCAAAGCUGAGGCGAUGAAGGCUGCCAUGCAGGAGCCUCUGUUUGUAGAGUUUUCAGAUCAGUGUUUAACAGUAGUUGAAAAGGAAACAAAUGGGUUUACAUCUGAUAAUGAUUGUGAUUUGUAAAUGUUUGUAUUUCUUUGGUAGUUGACCACACAUGUCAUGCAUGUACAUAUGUUUCUGUUGAACCGUGUUUGUGUCAGAUGUUCAAAUAAAUGCUUAAACCAUUUUCAACAAAUUCUUCAAC